AUGGUCUGUUUGGAAAGAUUUAAGCCAGGAACCACAGGAGAUGCUGAAGAUGGCCUCUUUCAGAUAUCCCCCUUCAGCUUGUUUAUGAGUUAGAUACAGAAUAAGAACACCUCUGUUCAUAAGGGGAAAUACCAGCAUCCAGCAAGGACCAGGGUCCUUUAUCAGGACUCUCACCAUAAGAAAUCCAACGACAAAAAUGCAAAUAGAAAUGAAAGCCCCAAAGUGAAUAAUUCUAGAGUAGAAAGGAUGGAACAAGCCCUCCCCAUUGUAGGUAACUUGCCACCUCCUGUUUGCAAAGCUGAUUCAGUGGUGUGUCAUAGACGAAAUAAGCAGUUCUUGGAACAACUAGGCAAACGGCACUCAAACAAGGUUUUGGAUUUAAAUAACUGUGCAUUGAGUGCAAGGGAUAUAAUGGACCUGAUUACCAUGAUACCUAUGUUGCCAGAUCUAGAGGAGAUCAACCUUUCUUGGAAUGAUUUCAUGGAAGGGACACUAGAACCUCUCAUCCUUCGGUUCAAACAUUUGCAAGAGCUAAGAGUUCUCCAACUGAGCAACUGCAGACUCACAGCCAAAGAUGUUGCAUUUCUAGGAGAAGCACUGGAAGAAAUGCCUCACCUUGAGAUACUGGAUUUAUCAUGGAAUCCUAAUGUUGGUGGGAGCUUUUCCCUUCUAACUCAAAAAAUCCCCAAAGGUUGUAUCCUCAAAACUCUAAAACUGACAGACUGCAAUUUGACUGCUGAAGAUGGUGAAUCACUGGCUCAGCUUCUAAGAAAGAUCCACCGCCUUGAAGUACUAGAUUUGUCUUUAAACAAAAUGAUAGGAUAUAGUCUGAAAAGUAUUGCACAAGAACUAAAACAUGCCACAGGCCUGAAAGUACUAAAUUUGAACAUGUGUGGGUUAAAACAAGAUGGAUUCCAGUGUUUGGACAAUGUCUUGCAGCACUUGCUGGAAUUAAAAAUAUUAGAUCUGUCAUGCAAUAAAUUGCUUGGAGGAGGUUUCCAGAACACAGCAGCUCAUUUGGCUGGCCUGAGUAACCUUGAAGUCCUGGAUUUUCAUCAGUGCUGCAUUACAGAAGAGGACAUGGCAGUUUUAACCCAAAUAAUACCCCUUUUGUCAAAUCUUCAAGAACUGAAUUUAUCAUCAAAUAAAAGUGUUGGUGUGUCAUCUGAUCACCUUCUUAGCAGGCUCAGAUUUUUACCAAAACUGAAAUCUUUGCUUCUCAGCAAUUGUUCUCUGCAGCACAAUUCAUUUGCAUCUUUAGCUGAAGCUGCCCUUCACCUUCCUGAACUGAAGAUAUUAGACCUUUCUUGGAAUAAAUGCGUUGGUGGGAAACUAAAGCUGAUUUUAAACUCACUAAAGCUUGGAGCUGAGCUCGAGGUGUUAAGACUGAGCAGCUGCAGCUUGGUGGAUGAGGAUUUGGCAAGCCUUGCCUCGGUCAUGCAAGCCAAGCAUCUGGACCUCCUGCAGAAGCUGGAUCUUAGUUAUAACAACCACUUCUCUAACAAAGGAUGGGCAAUGCUCUGUCAAGGCUUAGCUGCACUGGAGCAUCUUUCUGAACUGGACAUCAGUCGCCGGCCAUCAGCGCGUUGCACCUGUGGGGAAUGGCUUGACAAACUGUUGGUGACCUUGCCAAAGCUGCACCUGUUCAAGGAACUAGGACUGCAAGGCUGGGUUCUAUCUGCAGGUCAACGAAAGCAGCUGGAAUGUUUCAAUCAGGCCAAUGAACAAAAUGUUCACUUUGAUGCUUGGUUUGGAGCCUGA